AUGUCUUCCCAAAGCCUGCACUCCUAUAAAGAGGCCAACUCCGUCGACACCACUCCAGUGGGUAAGAUCCAUACUUCUGGUGAAGGAAACGAAUUCGUCACCAUUGGCAAGAACCGCUUCUAUAGGCACGAGUUGAUGGAAGCCUUUGGCGGUACAUUAAAUCCCGGCUUGUCUCCUUAUCCUAAACAUCAAUUUGCAAACCCCUCGCCCUUGGGGCUCUGUGGGUUUGCCUUAACCACCUUCUGUCUUUCCAUGUACAAUGCCCAGGCCAUGGGUAUUGAAGUUCCAAACGUUGUGGUUGGUUUGGCUUGUUUCUACGGUGGCUUUGCCCAGUUCUGUGCUGGUAUCUGGGAAGGUCUCGUUGGUAACACUUUUGCCUUGUGUGCCCUUACUUCUUACGGUGCUUUCUGGUUGUCUUAUGCUGCCAUUCAAGUGCCUGCUUUUGGUAUUGGCGCUGCUUACGAAGGCACUGAACAAUUGCACCUGGCGGUGGGUUUCUUCCUUAUGGGUUGGACUCUUUUUACGUUUAUGCUUUUCUUGUGUACCCUUAAGUCUACGCUUGCUUUCCUGUCGUUGUUUUUCAUGUUGACCAUCACCUUCGCCUUAUUGACAAUUGGUGACUUUACAUUGAAGGUUGGCGUUACACGUGCUGGUGGUGUUUGCGGUGUCAUCACUGCUUUCAUUGCCUUCUACAAUGCUUUCGGCGGUGUUGCCAACCACCAAAACUCCUACUUUGGUGUCAAGGUUCUUCCCUUGACUAGAAACUAA